GGCGGCGCGCUCCUUUCCGAGGCGUGGUGCUGCGUGCGGCGGAGCCUCGUCCGGCCUGCUCCCGUCCUGACUCACCGCUGUUCGCUCCUGCUGAGGAACAAGUCGGUCAGGAAGCCGCGCCGCAGCCAUGGCCUUUAAAGACACCGGGAAGACGCCCGUGGAGCCCGAGGUGGCGAUUCACCGGAUCCGGAUCACGCUCACCAGCCGCAACGUGAAGUCGCUGGAGAAGGUGUGUGCCGACUUGAUCAGGGGCGCGAAGGAAAAGAACCUGAAGGUGAAAGGACCCGUGCGCAUGCCUACCAAGACACUGAGAAUCACUACAAGAAAAACACCUUGUGGUGAAGGUUCCAAGACGUGGGAUCGUUUCCAAAUGAGAAUCCACAAGCGACUCAUUGACUUGCACAGUCCUUCCGAGAUUGUUAAACAGAUCACUUCCAUCAGUAUUGAGCCAGGAGUGGAGGUUGAAGUCACUAUUGCGGAUGCCUAAGUCAGCUAAAUAAAUUGACUUAAUCACUUGUUAAA